AUUCACGUGUAGGUACAACAAUUGUAAUAAUUAUUAUAAAAUAUAAAAAAUUACUAUGUCCAACGAUGAAGAAAUGGAGGUUAAUGAAAAAAUGGAAGUAGAAAUGGAAGAAGAAGAUGUUGAUAAUGUAAAAGAAGUUUAUUUACCUGGAAAACCUUUGGAAGAAGGCGAAGAAUUAGUUUGUGAUCAAACUGCUUAUGUUUUGUACCAUCAAGCUCAAACAAGUGCUCCUUGUUUAAGUUUUGAUGUAAUAAAUGAUAAUUUGGGAGAUAAUCGGGAUACAUAUCCUUUAACUUCAUUUAUAGUGGCUGGCACACAGGCUUCCCAGGCUCAAGUUAAUAAUAUUAUUGUUAUGAAAUUAUCAAAUUUAUAUAAAACUACAAAUGAAGAUAGUGAUAAUGAAAGUGAUGAAGAAUCUGAAGAUGAUGAAAAUAGGAAUCCAAAAAUGACAGGUGCUAUAAUAAAACAUCAAGGGUGUAUAAAUAGAAUACGGUCUACAACAAUUAAUAAUAUACACAUAGCGGCUUCAUGGAGUGAAUUGGGAAAAGUAAAUCUAUGGAAUUUAACGGAACAAUUACAAGCUGUUGACAAUGAUAAUUUAUUAAGCAAAUAUACAAAAGAAAACAAAUCGAACACAGUAACUCCUUUGUAUACAUUUUCUGGUCAUCAAAAGGAAGGUUUUGCUAUCGAUUGGAGUAGAACAUCUGUUGGAGUGUUGGCAACUGGCGACUGUAAUAGAGAUAUACAUAUUUGGAAACCAGGUGAUAAAUUAUCUGAAUGGAAGGUUGAUCAAAGACCCCUAGUAGGUCAUACUAAUUCAGUGGAAGAUCUUCAGUGGUCGCCAAACGAACCUAAUGUAUUAGCAUCAUGUUCGGUUGACUCAAGUAUUAGAAUAUGGGAUGCCAGAGCCUCACCUAGUAAAGCUUGUAUGUUGACCGCUGAAAAGGCACAUACAAGUGAUGUCAAUGUCAUUAAUUGGAAUAAAAAUGAACCCUUUAUUGUAAGUGGUGGAGAUGAUGGUUUUAUUCAUAUAUGGGACUUAAGAAAAUUUCAAGACAAAAUUCCUCUUGCUACAUUUAAACAUCACUUAGAAGCAGUUACCACUGUUGAAUGGCAUCCAACUGAUUCAGCAGUAUUUGCUUCUGGUGGUUCUGAUAAUCAAAUCGCACUGUGGGAUUUAUCAGUCGAAAAAGACAAUGAAGAGGCUGAAGAUGUUAAGGAAGUUCCACCUCAACUUUUAUUUAUCCAUCAAGGGCAAAAAGAUAUUAAAGAACUUCAUUGGCAUCCUCAACUUCCUGGUGUUAUAAUUAGCACAGCAGAAAGUGGAUUUAAUAUUUUUAAAACAAUAAGUGUAUAAUAUGUUUAAUAAAUA